UCGUCGCAAGCACGUGUCUGUCUUGCUUAGCGGUGUUGGAUUAGGAACGGCGAGUGUGGACCCGGUGAGCCGUUCCCGCGUGCCGCCAUGUAUUACAAAUUCAGCAGCUUCACACAGCGGCUGGUUGGGGCCGGCGCCUCUUCUGCUUAUAUUCCGCAGGGGCUCAAACCAAUGGUACCCGUUGAAUCAGCACCUCUGAUUUUUGCAGCACCAACCAAACUUGCCUCCGAUGCGUCAUCAGCUGUUGGGUAUUUUCGUAAAAACAGGGUUCCAGAACUGCAAAAGUUUUUUCAGAAACCUGAUGGUCUACCAGUACAUCUGAAGCGUGGAGUUCCUGACCAACUCCUUUACCGGACCACAAUGGCACUGGCAGUAGGAGGGACCAUUUAUUGUCUGAUAGCACUCUACAUGGCUUCACAACCACAAAAACAGAAGUGAAUGAUCCCAGUUGAAUGGGGAUAGAUAGGAACGCUGUGGCAAGAAGACUUACCUUUAACUCCCUACCAUUACAAUAUGAUUGUUGCAGAUUCUUGAGAAUUCAGUUUGACAUUAAGAGAAGUGAUUAGGGAAUGGUUAUUUUCUUAUGUUUAGUAUUAUAAGGAUAAACUUAAUACUGGAUGAUUCAGUUUUGGAGAUUACUCUUCACACCCUUCACUAACCCAGACCUGAAGUGAACUGCCUGUGUAUACUCCUAGCAGCAAGGUCCUAUUUAAGUUUGGUGGCAGAAGCUGGAAAGGAAGCUGUGUUUACCCAUGCCUUACCACCACCUGCCCUGGGAGGAGAGCAUAAAGAGAUGCUAAAAAUAUAUUUGAUCUGUGGGAGUUUGAAAACGAUAGACUUAAGUACCAAUUUGCUCCAGUAUGGCAAAUUUAUCAUGUUUUUCUUAACAAUUUGAAUUGGGUUCUAUUCGAACUCAGUUGAACGCCUCAUUACUUAAAUGUAUACUUCUUAUUGAGUAAUAUUUGGCAAAGGGCCAUAGUGCCCCAGCAAGCUUGCAACCAUUCUGUUCUGAAGGACUCUCUCCUUUAAUGGUCCCACCUUUGUGAGCCUAUCCCUUGGGAGUGGCGCUGCACUUGAAAUGGGUUAUGUUAUAGUAACACAAUUUCAUCAUGUGAUCCCCCCCAGAUCUUUCUCUAAAGUAAAGUUCUAUUUGUUUAGUGUUGGAAUAAAUACAGCAAUAUGAAUACUGGAUCCCUUAAUAUGUUUUUUGCUGCAGUGGUUUAACAUGGAAUGGGGUUGAAAACAUUGUUACACUUUCAAUUUUCAGCAGAGACACACAAAACGAGUGACUACUUGAACAUAGUAGGUGACUGUUGCCCAGACUUUUGACAGCUGAAACACAGUGACUUUCUGUAUUAAAAUUGGAGGCAAUCUUCAGUUGCACGCACCAAACAUUUAUUUUUAGAGUAAGUAGGUGUGAUCAGCUCUCAGAUGAGUCAACUUCUGUUGAUUCUGCAGGUGUCACUGAUCUGGGCAACUGAGCAACAGCAGCUCAUAGAGGUAUGAUGGGCACCCUUUGAAAGUAGGUGAUUCUGCUUAGCUUCAGUCUUGGUCGUGAUUAACUAGGCUGCACACAGGAAGGUGUUCGGUUUGUUUUUUGUUUUUUUUAGAGAGUUGCCCUGAGCUUUGGCCCUUCCCAUUACACCUGAUGUACAAUAGCAGAACAACUUUCUCUGUUCUGAGAGAUUCAUUAGAAUGAAAUUAAGCCAGAGCUGUUGAUCAUGUAAAGGCAAAGCAAACAGCCUCUUUGGAUUAAUAUUUGGGGCUCAUACAUAGUUGCCUUAUUUAUUUCCCAUAGUACAUCAGUAUGUUCCCAUAUGGAGUUUAGGAGUUACUGAAGUAUCAUUCGUAACACGUUUGCAGUUGAACAUAUACUUUUCUUACUCAAAAUAACCCUCUUGUGUAUCAGUAGUGGCCUUUGCCGUGAAAUGACAAUUAACAGUUACAGCUUUUUAGCUAUCCAUCUGGAAUUAUCAUCUGUGUUUCUGUAGCAGAAAAAUGAAAUGAGUUCAGUGGCACCUUAAAGUAUUUCAGUAGAUGCUUUUUUGAGCCAAGAGCUCAUUCAUCGGAUGCCUGAAUGAAGUGUUCAGUACAUUUGUAUUAAAUGCUGUGAACAACAGAAAGGUAGCAGUAGAAAAGAUGUAACAAAGAGGACAGUUUAAACAGUAGUGUAUUUAUAUUUCAUAUUUAUUGUUGAAACUGAAGGAGGAUAACACAAUUACAAGAAACGAUAUAAUCCAUAUGAUUAAGUGUCUAAUUUUUUUGCAGACAAUCACAAGAAUGCUUUCCUGAACAAUUCUUUGUAACACCCCCCACCCCCUUUCUGUUGUUUGCAGCUUUUGGUCUUCUUAAUAGUUGAACUCAUGACGUUUAUGCUGGAAUAACUUUUUUCAGCCCUUACAGUGCCCCUGGACUCCUAAUUUAUUUAAUUUCCUC